AUGCCUCCGCAGCACGCAAGCAGUUCACCCCCUCAAACCCCUCCGUUCGAACCAAGCGAUCGAAGAGCCGCGAGAAGGGGAACCCACCCACGACCUUCCGUACGGGAGACCUUUCUGGACGACUUCAAUCCAGCUGAUAAUGCCAACGACAGCAAUGAAUCGGGCGACGAGCGCGACCCACAUGACUUGUCGCUAUCGCCGAAACAUGCAGCCCGCACCUCAAUUGUGGAUAACAUGCUCCUGUCGUUGGAUCAGUUUGCUUCGGGCUCUCUGCUGGAUGAUUAUCGCUUAUUCAAUUCGGUGUUUGAGGCCGACUUGUGCGGCAACGGUUCGCCAGAGUCGAUCGCGCAACGCCGCUAUCGAGGCCACACUUUCUCUUCCUCCGUGUCCUCGGAGGUAGAAUGCACGUACGAUGACAGCACUGGCCGUUAUGCAACACAACCGGCGAGAAGCCGUCGAAGCAACAGCAGCUCGAACUAUCAUGCCAGCCUACGAAGAUACGGCAGCACUCGCAGUCGCGAAGGAACCGGCUCCCGUGGUCAGCUGUACGAUUAUAGGACCAAUUCGAACAUUGCGUCCCCAGCGAACGUUCGAGCGUCUCGGAAUGGAAAUCGAGGCAGUUCCUCGUCCCCCACGGAUCUUACUUCAAUGCAAAUGGGACGACUGGACGCGGCCGGCGAGAGGCGUUCUGCGAGCUUAGACUUCGGCACAAGACAGCCAUUCAUCUCAUUUCCAGAUCUUGUCUUUGACUUGGACUCCUCGUCGUAUGGAGGGCUUGAUGCAGCGCCGACUCCAAGCGUCCCCGGUGGACCAAGUAAAUUCCACUCGUCUCCGCAGGCUGAAUAUGCAGGCACCUCUAAACCCCAGCAGUCAAGGACGACACCCGUGGCAUCGCGCCGGAACAGCGUCAAAUCGCCGCGGUCGAACAACAGUCGAAAGGCUCGACCGGAAAAUCUGGGCACGGCGACGGUCCGGAGUCACCAUUCAGAUUUGGCCAACCUCGGGGAGAGCGGACUCGAACUUCCGCCGACGAUCCCUGCAUCGCUCGACCCGCCCGCGCCGAGCCCAACCAUUUCCUUCAACAAGCCGAUCUUCCCCGCGCCACCCGACCCCGCUCCAGCAGCUAAGGAACGGCCAGGGUUCUUCCGGCGUGUGUUUGGCUCCUCAAAGGUGUCGACCGCCAUUUCAAGCGAGUACCACCCUUCCGACCACGUCUUCGCCCAAGAAAACGACCACAAGGAUCCCAGCGGAUUUGGGCCGAACGCCAAGAGUUGGAGACAGCCACUCAAGAAUAGUGCAGCAGGAAUCAACUCGCACCGCGAAGGAGGAACGCACCAGGUAGUGACCAAGAAGUCUUCCUUCUUCCGUCGGCGCAAGAGGUCUGUUGCUGAAAGUGCUCCUCCCCCUAUUGUCUUUCCCCCGGAGCUCAGCGGCCAUCUCCGCGUACUGGAACCGGCCAAACCGGAGGCUAUCUCGGUUAGCAGUAUAGGGAAAGGGAUGAACCCUUCUUCCACUGCAGACCCCGGCAGUAGACCCUUGGACCGGCGCCCAGCCGCGGAGGCCCAAAACCUGGGAGGUUCGCCGACGCAAAAUCAGAGAGGGAGUUUAGUCACAGCAACCCAGAGUCCUUCAAAGGCCAAAUACAGCCUUUACCCGACGGUUCCACCGAGCAGCGCUCCGGAGGCAUCAUCACUUGGCCUCACCAGCAGUGGAGAUGAGGCGUCGACCAUCGUCAGAUCGGGCGGCUUGGAUCCGAAUCACCCUGCCGAUCAGCAGCAAGAACCGGAGCACCCAUGGCGUGGAAAGGGAGUGGACUCGAACAGUAACGACGUAGAUAACGGUUCUGGUGCUAGUACUCUUCAAACAAAGCUGAAACCUGAGGAGUUACCCGGCUCCUCGCUUUCGCCUGUGGUUGAAAGCUUCUCUCAGACAGGUGCCGUCCCUGAAGAGAACCUUGAUGAUAUCGCUCUUCAGAAUCCACCGAAGUUGAAAGAAGCCCACGAAUCCUUCCCUUCAGAUGUGUGCAGGGAUAAUGAAAUGCGGAGGAAUACGUCUGCCGCUGCGGCUGGCUUGAAUGAGUCCCCACGGGUUUCGACUUCGGAAGUUUCGAACUACUAUACGGCUUCAGAAGCUCCCACCGCAAUGUCAAUUGAGCCAAAACGUAUAGAUCCCCUCAGAGAGGAGCCUCAUAGUUCCAAGGGUCCCGUUGGUGACGAACCAACAGAUUCCGACCGGGAGCAAGCCAGGAUGUUGUUCGAAGGUCAGGAGCAAGUGGUCGGGAACGAGCCUGCCGCCGCCUGGCUUGGGGAUCCCGACCGUGCUUCGAUACGCAACGCAUACAUGGAACUUUUCGACUGGUCCAACCUCAACAUCCUGGCAGCCCUGCGAAGUCUUUGUACUCGGCUGGUGUUGAAGGGUGAGACUCAGCAAGUGGAUAGAGUCUUGGAUGCUUUUUCCACAAGGUGGUGUGCGUGUAACCCGCGCCAUAGCUUCAAAGCUGCAGAUGUUGUGCACACAAUCUGUUACUCUCUCCUCCUGUUGAACACUGACCUACAUCUUGCCGACAUCGAGCAGAAGAUGACUAAGACUCAGUUUGUUCGGAAUACGAUGCCCACGAUCCAUCGCGUGGCUGCCGAAGCCGCCCCUGACGAAAGUCUCAAUGGUAAAUCGAGAGUCUCGACACAAGAUCCGAUGUCACCCACCGACGAUCAUGACCGGCGUUUUGCGAGCAUGGAUAGGCCGCUUAAUCAACCGGCAAAACUAGUCAACCGAUUGUCUCGGACUGAUCUAUCUGCGAAGAUUACAACUGAUGCUGAUAACGAGACUGGCCCGCUUGUCAACACGCCUUUCAUUGGGUCGAUGAGGCUAUGGGAACAACAGGUCGAGGCUGUUCUCCGGGACUUUUAUUCCUCGAUCCAGAAACAGAAGCUUCCUCUUCACGGCGCUUCAACAGAGAGAGAAGGGCCGCGGUCUUCAGCCAACAACUUGCUUGGCCCUUAUACUAGUGGGCUCCGCCGAAGUCCCAGCACUGUGAGCAGAAGUGGCUCUGACAUCUAUCCUCGUGGUCGCUCUGCAGAUUCCCGCUAUGGGACUGCGCGGUGGUCAUCAAAACCUCGUUCGCGAGCGAGGCUAUAUCCUCCGUCUACCAUGGGAUCUAGUCGGACCAGCUUGGACGAUCAGGCAUCGCUCUGGAGUCCUUCCGCAUCAAGUACUUGGAGUAAGUACUCCUCCGGAAAGUUGACUUCGGCAUCAGUGGAUUCAUUUGGGUCAGACUUUCCGCGCGGGGACUAUCAACAGUCGAUAGGCUUCGCCAACGCCUUGAGUCAAGCCAUUAUCCGUGAAGAUUCGGCCCAUUCAAUCACAAGCAUCGAGGAUGCUGAGAGGGAUACCCCGCUUUUGGAGGACGAAACUCUACAACUUGCCGGCGCCCCUUGGGCCAAGGAAGGCAGCCUGAAGCAUAAACACCACCUGGACUCAGUUGAUAAGAGGGCGAAGGAUCGCAAUUGGAACGAGUGCUUUGCGGUCAUUCAGCAGGGCUGGAUGCGCCUUUUCUCUUUCAAUGCCUCGGUCAAAGGCGCCCGGCAGAAGCCUAAACAGCGUCACCCGGGGGGUGUCGUGGUGGGAGGCGGAAACUGGACUGAGAACGCCGAAGAGACAUGGAAAUUUCUCCUCCGCCAGACCAUCGCCAGUGCGCUCCCACCUCCCGGCUACUCCAAAUCUCGUCCCCAUGUUUGGGCGCUAAGCCUCCCAACCGGUGCUGUACAUCUUUUCCAAGUGGGAACCCCGGAGAUUGUGCGCGAAUUUGUAUCGAGUGCCAACUAUUGGAGCGCCAGAUUAUCAAAGGAACCCUUGAUCGGUGGGAUCAGUAAUAUCGAGUACGGCUGGAGUGAUGCCGUCAUCAACAGCGCUCUCAUCACGGCCGAGAGCAGUCGGACGCCACCGUCCUCAUCCGGGGCUCGACCUAGCAUCCAAAGUUCGAUCCGGAGCUCGCUUGAUCAACAGGGCAUUCGACCUCGGUUACCAGCCGAUCGGGUCCUCAUUAGCGACUGGGCCCCUCCCCAGCAAAGCAUGGUGGCCUCGGCCCUUCCCGAGGCUGACCAACUGAAAGCUUUGCAGGCGUAUGUCAAGAAUGUUGAAGACGAGCUCCAGCGGCACAAUGAACUCCGCUCUGCCAUGAUCCUAGCGUUUUCACCUCGCCACCCCAAUGCUUCUAAGGCGUUGGCCAAUUGGGAGCGAAAGUCUUCAUACCUCUUGCGUGAAAUAGUGAAAUUUCGCACAUAUAUCGAUUCGUUGUCGAGCGCACUGGAACAGAAGAAUAGAAUCUAUGCAGCCCGCGAAGAGACUGCGGCAGAGGAGUGA